AUGCUCUUGACUCCGCAGCCCGACGCCGCCGACGACGACGCAGCGGCGGUGCGUUGGGAUGACGUCGGCGGGCUCGAGCCGACGAAGCAGCUACUCACCGAGGCGGCGAUCCUGCCGAUGCUCAUCCCCGACUUCUUCACGGGCGUGCGUGCGCCGUGGCGCGGCGUGCUGCUCUUCGGGCCGCCGGGCACGGGCAAGACGCUGCUCGCGCGCGCGGUCGCGUCGCAGGCGCGCGCCGCCUUCUUCAGCGUGAGCCCGGCGAGCCUGCUCUCCAAGUUUGUCGGCGAGUCGGAGAAGGUGGCGCGCGCGCUCUUCUGCUGCGCGCGCGCGCGUGCGCCCGCCGUCGUCUUCUUCGACGAGGUCGACGCGCUGCUCGCGACGCGCGGCGGCGCGGGCGAGCACGAUGCGUCGCGCCGGCUCAAGACGGAACUGCUCACGCAGAUGGACGGCGUGCCGACAAGAGGCGGCGGUGCGCCGCGCGUGCUCACGCUCGCGACGAGCAACCGGCCGUGGGACCUCGACGACGCGAUGCGGCGGCGGCUCGAGCGGCGGAUCUACGUACCGCCACCCGACGCGCGCAGCCGCGAGGCGAUGCUGCGCAUCCACACCGCCGGCCUCCGGCUGCAUGCUGACGUGCGGCUCGCUACGCUCGCCGCGCACCUCGACGGCUACUCGGGCGCCGACGUGCAGCUCGUCUGCCGCGACGCGGCGCUCAUGACGAUGCGCACGGCGAUCGCGGGCAAGAGCCCCGACGACAUCGUCGCGCUGCAGGCGCGCGGCGCGCUCGACGGCGAGCUCACGCACGACGACUUUAUUCGCGCGGCGGCGACGACGCUGCCGUCGAUCGCGCCCGAGCAUCUCCGGCGCUACGAGGCGUGGAACGCGGAGUUCGGGUGUGAUCUAAGCGCCGAGCCGACACCGUGA